AUGACGCGCAAAAAACGCGGCAAGUGCUGCAAAUUCCUUCCUUGCUGUUCAGAUGCAGAAAGUGAAGCAAUUGAAGACUUUGCAAAUUUUGAAGAUACUACUCUUGCUCGUGGGAGGGUACUUCUAAAGAGGUAUGAAGAAAGUCAUCCUCCACGUUGCUCAUCAGUGAAAGACACUGAAACUGAGAUAGAGGAGAUCAAUAUUACUCAAAGAAGCCCACCGAAUGCUCCAGCAGAUGGUAUUCUGGAUAUCACUCCAGAACUUGAUAGCAGCUCCUCUGUUAGAGAUCAGUCUGAUGAUGCUACUGAUGAUACCAGAGGAAAAGAUUCCAAGGCCAGGAAGCACCACAGUGUUCCUGCAGAAAUAGAUAUUGUUGCCAGACAUGUCAAGAGUCCACAUAGUACCCAGCCACUGCAAGUGGAUAGUGGGAGAGUAGAUGUGGAUGUUAAGAUCAAGAAGAGGCACAGUGUUCCUGAAGAUAAAGCACAGAGGGCCUCCAGAGAAGCCAUCAGGACCCCUCAUGGUAUUCAGCCACUACAAAUCAAGAAAAGGUAUGAUGAAUCUGAUGCUAAGUUGAAGGAUAGCCAAAGCGUUUCUGCAGACGAGGUUGAAAAGACCAUCAGAGAUGUCAUUAAGAGGCCACACAGUGCUCAGAAAAAGAAUGCCAGUUAUGGACAUGACAUAAGCGCUACAGAAGAUGACUUGAAGGCUACCAGAAAUAUCAAGACUCCUCUUAGCAGUGAGCAAGAAGAUGUCAGUGGUAAAUGUGAUGCUGAUGCUGAGGUAAGAAGGUCUCCAAGCAUUCAGGAUGUCAGUGCCAAGCAGACCUCCAAAGAUUCUUCCAAGACUUCACUUUGCAGUCAAGAAAGUGACAAAGUCCUUAAAAGGCACAGAAUCUCUGAAGGAAAAAACAUCCAAGAUGUUGACAGAAAUCUGCAAAGUCAACAUGUUACUGAAUCAGCAGAAUUCAGCAGUGGCAGUGAUGACAACAAUGUCCAGAUCAAGAAAGUCACAAGAGAUGAUGCAGAUGCCAAAAUCAAGAACAGACGCAGCAAGCCUGAAGACAAGGCCAAAGCUACUCCUGAUGCCAUCAAGCAGCCACAUGAAUUCAAGGAAUCAAAGGUCAACCUUCGAAUUGAUUGUGCUGAUGCCAAGACUAGAAAGCAACCCAACAUUAAUGAAGAUAAAAUCAAGACUGUCAGCAGAUAUGACAUCACUGCCUCAGAUGACUUUCAGCGUGUACAAGUUCAUUCUGAAAGUGUUGAUCGCAAGGUCAAGAAAUACAGUGGUCCAACCAUAAAUGGAGACAGCACCUCCCCACCUCUACCAGCAAGUGAGGAUGUUCAGAAGGUGAAACAUGACACUCAUCCUCCAGGCAAGCCAGAGAUACUUGCUGUAGAAGACAAGAACGACAUUCUUGAUAUUGAUGCCAAGAUGGAGAAACAUAAAUGUGUUGCUACAGAGGAUAGAGCACAGGUUGCAACAAGUGGGGCUCAGACGAGCCAUCACAUCAGUCAGCACUUUGAAACAGUUACUGGAAAACUGACCAUGAAGGCUGAAGACAAUGCUGUCCAUCAAGUUGAUUCAACAGAAGCACAGGCUACUGCUGCUAUAGCUGAUCUUCAUAGGCCAUCUUCACUUCCAGUGGUGUUGGUAAGAGAUAUGCAAGCAGCUGAACAUGACCAUUUUGUAGUGAAAGCUGCAGGAGGAUCACCCAAGGUAAAGAAAGAUAAACUGAGAUUUGUCAAAUCUGUCCACAGUGAAAAUGUUUGUGUGUCAGACACUCUUCGUUUAAUGUCCAGAGAAGAAGAAGUGCAUUUCUUAACACUUGACACAGAAGAUGAGCUUGAAGCGCAAGAAUGCAAGGCACAGAAAAGGAAGAGCAAAAUUCCAGUAAGGGUGAAAGUACAGGAAAAAUCAGAUUCAGCAUCAGAUCAUUCAAGUGGUUCUACCACCAAACUCCCUGCUCAUCAGAACAGAUCUUCCACCAGGCUUCCUGUUCCUCAAACCAAAUCUACAACCAAGCUCCCAGCUCCUCCAAGCACAGCUACCGCCAAGUCAAGCUCAUCUAACACCAAGCAGCCUUCUCCCCCAAGCAAAUCUACCACCAAGCACUCUGCUUGCCAAGGCAAAUCAACCACCAAGCAGCCUUCUCCCCCGAACAGAUCUGCCACCAAGGACUCUGCGCCUCAAAGCAAAUCUAAGUCGAGCAUGUCUACCACCAAGCAGUCUUCCCCUCCGAACACAUCUACCGCCAAACAGCCUUCUCCUCCGAACACAUCUACCACCAAGCAGCCUUGUCCUCCAAACACAUCUACAACCAAGCAGCCUUCUCCUCCAAACACAUCUACAACCAAGCAGCCUUCUCCCCCAAACACAUCUACAACCAAGCAGCCUUCUCCUCCAAACACAUCUACAACCAAGCAGCCUUCUCCUCCAAACACAUCUACAACCAAGCAGCCUUCUCCUCCAAACACAUCUACAACCAAGCAGCCUUCUCCCCCAAACACAUCUACAACCAAACAGCCUUCUCCGACGAACACAUCUACCACCAAGCAGCCUGCUCCUCCACCAGUUCCUCCUUCUGGUCCAAUCAGGAAGCCCAGAGUUAGUAGAGCAUCCAAGGCAAAAUUGCCAGAUGACAAAUUCAAAUUCAUGAAGAAAGAUGAUGAGUUGCCCAGUCCUCCUGAUUCAGAUGAAUCAAUAUCGCUGAAGCCAGCCAAUACAAAGAUGAAGAUUCCAGAGCUGUUUCUAGAUGAGAAUGCUGCAGCACAGAAGCAGGAAUCAUCAGGAAGUGAUACAGAUCCUGACUUUUACAAGCUGAUUGGGUUUGACUUAGACAAGGCUAGAGCACUCAAACAUGCAGUGACUAAAAAUUACUUUGAUGAACUUGAGAAACUUGUCUACAGUCUAGGGUUAGACGAUAAACCACACGUAAUUUGGAACAUCGACGAAACAAGUGUUCCGCUGCCACAUAAACCAACUAAAGUUAUGGCUGAUUUGACGUCAGCUUGGAUUCAUCAGGAGAAGGGGGAGUUGCUGAUGUUCCUGUUGUUGCUGAAGCAGACAAUCCGGCGACUUCUGAUACUGUUACACCUGAUGCCGGAGUGUCUGCUACACUAA